AUGCACAUAUUGAAGGCCAUAGAUUACUUCACCAAAUGGGUUGAAGCCGUUCUGGUGCGGAAGACAACUUCUGAGGUUGUUUGUAAUUUUCUUAAAGAAAAUUUUCUGGUUCGUUCUGGGGUUCCUCUGAAGAUUGUGGCUGAUAAUGCAACCAACUUCUCUUCUACCAAGUUUUCAUUAUUUUGUUAUGAUCAUGGGAUAUCUCUUUCUCACUCUUCGGAUUAUUACCCUGAGGGUAAUGGCCAAGCGGAGUCAAGCAAUAAAAAUCUGAUAAAUAUUAUGAAGAAGCUGGUGAGUGAAAACUUCAAAGACCAGCACAAAAGAUUGUAUGAAGCUCUCUGGGUGGAUCACACAUCUCCAAAAAGAGCCAUAGGGAUGUCAGCCUUUGAACUAGUGUAUGGCAUGGGGGCUCAAGUGUCACUUCCCUUAGAACUUACGACUUCAAAGUUACAAACAAUUAUUGAAGAUGCAUAUUUUCAAAAUUCUUUGGAGAAGAGGAUUAUGCAUUUAAUGAGGAUUGAAGAAGAAAGAGAUAAAUUGGUUGAUCUGAUUAUAGAAAAUUAG